AUGAAAAUUCUAGUGCUGUUGAUUGGAGCGCUGGCCGUAGCCAGUGCCGAGUGGAUCGAGAUCGAUUGGUCCCAGGUACGUCCGAUCGAAGAAUUCGAUCACUACUGGGCCCGUCUGCCUGCUGAGCUGCAAUAUCUACGUAAAAUGAUGCCGGAAACCCGCAUUACCAAUGGACAACAAGCUACUCCCGGCCAGUUCCCGUACCAGAUUGCGCUUCUCAGCACCUUCAGCGCCGGAACCGGUUUGUGCGGCGGUACAGUUUUGACCAACAACUUCAUUCUGACUGCUGCUCACUGCGUUCAGAAUGCCCAGGGAGGUACCGCCAUUAUGGGAGCUCACAACCGUCUUCAGACCGAAGCCAGCCAGCAGCGUAUUGCAUUCUCCUCGGGUGGAAUCAACAUCCAUCCCGGAUACACAUCAACCAACAUCCGUAACGACAUUGCCACCGUUCGCCUGAACAGUGCUAUCACCUUUAACGACCGCGUCCGUCCAGCUCGCCUCCCUGCUGCUGCAGAUAGCCGCACCUUUGCUGGCUGGACCGGUACUGUAUCUGGCUUUGGCCGUACUUCGGAUGCUAGCCAGGCCACGUCCGCUGUAGUGAUGUUCACCAGCAACCCCAUAAUGACCCAAGCUGACUGCCUUUCCAGUUGGGGUGGAAACACCAACAUAAUCCAGGCCCAAAACAUUUGCUUGUCCGGUGCUGGCGGUCGCUCUUCCUGCAACGGUGAUUCGGGUGGCCCACUGACUGUCCAGGAUAGCGGAAGUUUGCAGGUCGGUAUUGUGUCGUUCGGAUCCGCUGCCGGAUGCUCGAUCGGAAUGCCGUCCGUGUAUGUCCGCGUGACCUUCUUCCGAACCUGGAUUAUCAAUAAUUCGGACUUGUGA